GCCGCUCCCAUGGACCUGCGGAUCGGGCAGCGCGUCGUCAAGCCCGGCUCUGACACCACCUUGCUGGCCCUGAAGCACACGCAGCAGCUGCAGCACCAGCUCUUCCUCGCCAGCCUGCACCAGCAGCAAGUGGAGCAGCUCGCCCACCAGCACGUGAGGGUGACCAUGGAGUCCCCGCACCGCGAAGCUGAGCCCGGGCAACAGGAGCAGGAGCUGCGGCAGAUCCUCAACAAGGACAAGAGCAAGCGAAGUGCUGUGGCCAGCACAGUGGUGAAACAGAAGCUGGCUGAGGUCAUCCUGAAGAAGCAGCAGGCAGCUUUGGAGAGGACCAGCAACCCCAACCCUUCAGCCAUGCCAUACAGGUCUCUGGAGCCUCUGGAUCCUGAGGGCCCUUCCCCUCCUGUGCUCAGCACCUUCCUGCCCCCUGUCCCCAGCACUUCUCUUGACCCCCCAGAGCAUUUUCCGCUGCGGAAGACGGCGUCUGAGCCCAACCUGAAGGUGCGUUGCAAGCCCAGGAAGUGCCUUGACCGACGCAAGAACCCCCUGAUGCGGAAGGAGAGCGCUCCCCCCUCGCUUAAGAGACGGCCGCCCGAGGCGAUCGGUGAGGACUCCUCCCCGAGCAGUAGCAGCACCCCGGUGUCCGGCUGCAGCUCUCCCAACGACAGCCUCCCCGCUGAGCACGGAGCCCUCCCCACUGCCUCCGGCAUGGCCCACGAGGGAGAGGCAGAUCGCCGCCCCCUCUCCAGCCUGGCACACCGGGUGCCCGUGCUGAACGGACCUGUCCUCGCGGGCACGCACUCGCCCAUGUUCAUACCAGCUGGCUUGGAGCAGCACGAGGCUGGGAGCCCCUUAUCCCCUCGGCUCCAGCCCGUCAUCAUCCUGGAGCCCUCAGUCACCCACACUCCGCUGGUGGCGGUGCCAGGUCUGGGAACGGUCCCCUUCUCCUUUGCCCCCUCGCUCAUCUCUGCAGAGCGCCUGUCGCUCCCAGGCCACCAUAAACCGCUGGGCAGGACCCGCUCGGAGCCACUGCCCCAAAAUCCCAAGGCCAUCCAGCAGCAAUUGGUGUACCAGCAGCACCACACCCAGUUCCUGGAGAGACUCAAGCAGCAGACGCAUCUGGGCAAGCGCAUGGCUAAAUCCAGCGAGAAGCCCCGUCUGCGGCAGAUCCCGUCCUCGGAGGACAUGGAGGCCGAGGGGACACUCCCAGAGGCUGGGGCUGAGAGCAGUGACCCAGCGAGGGCACGCGUGGAGCCCACACGGCCGGGGAGCAGCGUGAAGGAGCCCGAGAGGACGCAGAAGAUGAUGCAGCCUCAAGAGGAGCUUGUCCUACAGCAGGCCUAUAUCUGGGAUUCCUACCAGCGCGUGCAGCAGCAGCUCCUCAAGCGGCAGCCCUUGGCCGACUCCCCCAUGGUCCCCACCAUCCAUGCGGGGCACAGACCCCUCUCCAGGGCCCAGUCAUCUCCUGCCACCGCGACUGUCUCCCUUCCUGCCCAGGACACGGCCUCCAAGACACUCUCCCUGUCUGUGCAGGAGCAGCCAGCCAAGCCGCCCUUCACAACAGGGCUGGUUUACGACUCAGUCAUGCUCAAACACCAGUGCUCCUGCGGUGACAACAGCAACCACCCAGAGCACGCGGGCAGGAUCCAGAGCAUCUGGUCCCGUCUGCAGGAGAGAGGGCUGCGCAGCCAGUGCGAGUGCCUGCGGGGACGGAAGGCCACCCUGGAGGAGCUGCAAUGUGUCCAUACUGAGCGCCACGUCUUCCUCUAUGGCACCAAUCCCCUCAACCGCCUGAAACUGGACAACGGGAAGCUGGCAGGCAUCCUGUCACAGCGUAUGUUUGUCAUGCUGCCCUGCGGAGGGGUGGGGGUGGACAGCGAUACCAUCUGGAAUGAGCUGCAUUCCUCCAACGCUGCCCGCUGGGCUGCGGGCAGUGUCACCGAGCUGGCCUUCAAGGUGGCCACCAGGGAGCUGAAGAACGGCUUUGCUGUGGUGCGGCCACCUGGACACCACGCGGAUCCUUCCACUGCCAUGGGAUUCUGCUUCUUUAACUCGGUGGCCAUUGCCGCCAGGCAGCUGCAGCAGAAAGGGAAACUCAGCAAGAUCCUCAUUGUGGACUGGGAUGUUCACCAUGGCAAUGGGACACAGCAGAUCUUCUACAGAGACCCCGAUGUUCUCUACAUCUCUUUGCAUCGUCACGAUGAUGGCAACUUCUUCCCCGGUAGUGGGGCCGCCGACGAGGUUGGUGCUGGCCCUGGUGAGGGAUUUAAUGUCAACAUAGCCUGGACUGGAGGUCUCGACCCCCCCAUGGGUGACCCUGAGUAUCUGGCUGCUUUCAGGACGGUGGUGAUGCCAAUUGCACACGAAUUCGCCCCCGAUGUGGUGCUGGUGUCGGCCGGCUUCGAUGCAGCUGAUGGCCACCCACCACCCCUGGGUGGCUACAAAGUCUCUGCUAAAUGUUUUGGCUACAUGACGAAGCAGCUGAUGAGCCUGGCUGGCGGAGCCAUCGUCCUCGCGCUAGAAGGCGGCCAUGAUCUUACGGCCAUCUGUGAUGCGUCUGAGGCUUGCGUGUCGGCCUUGCUGGGCAACGAGCUGGACCCUCUCCCAGAAGAAAGCAUGAGGCAGAAACCAAACCCCAACGCUGUGCGCUCCUUGGAAACAGUGAUCCAGGUCCAGAGCAAAUACUGGGUGGCCGUGCAGCGCUUUGCCUCCAAGCUGGGCUGCUCCUUCCUGGAGGCGCAGCACCACGAGGCAGAAGAGGUGGAGACGGUCACAGCCUUGGCUUCCCUCUCGGUGGCUGUGAUGGUGGAGAAGAGGCCACAAGAUGAGCCGAUGGAGGAAGAGGAGCCCAUGAACCAGUGAUGAGCAGUGAUGUUCUCUGCUCCCCUGCUUCCAGGACGUGGCUGGACUCUCCCGAGCCCAGCGCUCGCUCUUCACUCCUGGCUUUCUGUUUGCCACGUCAUCCUCACUCCCCGAGUCAUGGUCCUGAAAUGGCAUGGACCUUUGGCUGCCGCCUCUGCAGGUCUUCCACAAAGGAUGUCCUCCUGCUCGGGACCGAUGGAAAACCAUAUACUCCCUCUGCACGGUGUGGCCUUGCAAACCUAGAC